CACCGCAGUAUACUGUCGGCCUUUUGGUUUAGUGCAUUGAGAGAGUACUGCGCCUGUGAGAAGGAGGGAGAAAAAAUGGCUGCUGAUAAUCAGACCAUUGAUCUUGAGAAACCAUUGAUUCAAGUCUCUAAAGAAUAUGUUCCUGAUUCCAAUGAAAAAUUCAAUAGAGAUGAUAUGUUUGCAGAAGCAAAGAAACAAAUAUUCUUAGCAGGACCAAUGAUGUUUGUCAAUCUUUUAUUGUCACUUAUAUCAACUAUUUCAGUUAUGUUUGUUGGUCAUGUUGGGGAAUUAGCUCUUUCUGGUGCAUCAAUGGCCACCUCCUUCGCUUCGGUUACAGGCUUCAGUUUGCUGGUCGGGAUGGCGUGUGCAUUGGACACGUUUUGUGGGCAAUCAUACGGCGCAAAACAGUACCAUAUGCUCGGUAUACACAUGCAGAGAGCGAUGCUUGUUUUGCUCCUCGUAAGCAUUCCCUUAGCCGGUAUUUGGGCAGCCACAGGACACAUUCUUGUAUUACUCGGACAAGAUCCACAAAUAGCAGCAGAAGCCGGAACUUAUGCCCUUUAUAUGAUCCCUUCCAUUUUCCCGUUUGCGCUUCUUCAGUGCCAAUUCAGAUUCCUACAAACUCAAAACAACGUUGUACCAAUGAUGCUAACAUCGGGGAUAACAACAUUGUGUCACAUACCAAUUUGCUGGCUUUUGAUUUCCAAAUUAGGCCUUGGAAGCAUAGGGGCUGCCUUGGCAAACGGUAUUUCGUAUUGGACUAACGAUCUUUUCUUGGCCCUUUAUAUCGCAUUGUCACCUUCGUGCAAAAACACUUGGACUGGUUUCUCAAAAGAGGCGACGCGAGAUGUCUUAAAGUUUCUUUGGCUGGCAGUGCCUUCUGCCAUUAUGGUCUGCCUGGAAAUUUGGUCAUAUGAGAUGAUGGUUCUUUUAGCAGGUCUUCUCCCAAAUCCAACACUUGAGACCUCAGUGCUCUCAAUUAGCCUCAACACAAAUGGCAUGAUUUACAUGAUACCCCUCGGACUCGGAAGUGCAAUAAGUGUACGGAUUUCAAACGAAUUGGGCGCUGGACAGCCUAAAGCAGCUCGACUAGCUGUAUUUAUGGCCGUUUUCAUGGUGGCUGCUGAAAGCAUUGUGGCAGUGGCAGUAAUCAUUCUCGGACGCAAGAUUUGGGGAUACUGUUUUAGUAGUGAAGCACGGGUGAUUAGCUAUGUUUCUGAUAUGAUGAUUCUAAUUGCUGUGACCAAUUUAGUAGAUGGAGUUCUAUCUGUCCUCAAUGGCAUUGCUAGAGGAUGUGGAUGGCAAAAAAUUGGUGCAGUUGUAAAUUUGGGGUCCUUUUAUAUUAUUGGAAUCCCACUGGGCAUAUUGUUGGCAUUUACCUUACAUCUUGGAGGGAAGGGUCUCUGGACAGGAAUCAUAGCUGCAGUUUUCGCGCAGACAUUUUUCCUGUCUAUCAUAACCUUCCGGACUAAUUGGGAGGCCGAGGCAAAGAAGGCAUCCACUAGGGUUUUCGACUCGACAAUCCCCGUUGUGGGAUAGAACCAGAAGUGGUGAAAAUGGCAGCUCCCUGAAUCAGAUGUACAUGAAAAUCAUUAAUCUUGGUCAUGCAUUAAUUUGCCAAGUGAAAGAGGUGAUCCAGUAAAUGGCUGCUGUUGGGUGCAGAAGAUCUUGGAAUUUUGUGAAAUAUUAUUGUUCCUGUUGGUGCUGAGGAAAAUAGUUAUGUGUAAUAUUGUGGUUGCUGUUGGGAGAAACAAACCCUGGAACUAUGUCAAAUAUUUUG